UCCACUUCCAUCCGGGAGUGUUUUUCAUCUUCAAUCUCCGAAUAGUCUACCGAUCUAUCUCGCGACUACUAAUUCUUCACUUGAUCCUCGAAACGACCUCGAUCAUUAAUUGGUUUUGCAAAUACAUUUACUCUUUGAUAUCUGCAAAGGAUGUAUUUAUUGGGACAACAACGAGGAUUCAACAGCAAUUUCAGAUUAAAACAACGGCGCUUCCUUUGAGUACAUCUUUUGCUGAAAUCAAUCGAAGAUGAAGAACACAUGAAAAUUAACGCAUUUGCGCGGGAAGCUGUGCGGUAGGUCCACUACAUGAAUGCCAAGGAUGGGUCCUCUUCAAAUCUGGAAAGUUCAAGCGAAGAAAAGAAAGACAAAAAAGAAAACAUCGAGAAUGAAGAUGAAAAUCCCGGAGAGGAAGUGGUGACAAAGACGGUUGCGAUAGAUUAUAAUAUCAAAUCCCUCAAAGAGGAACCAGACUGCCUGGAAAACAAAUGUGAGUCGUCUUUAGAACUGCCUUUAGAACCAACCCUUCGCGAGCGAUUUUUGCGUAUUAAGCAAACUGUGAAGGACGCUAUAGCUGCCCAUCGUACUUUUAUGAUUUACGGCAAGUCACGGGUCAUUCGCGAUUGCAUGUUGAAGCGAGGAUGGUGUGAGAAAUUUUAUCGCAAGAACAGCGGCGGUGAUCAAAAUUUCAACCUCAAUUCUAAUCCAGUGCUUCUACUGGCUGGUAUCGGUGAUCUAAAGAAUCAUCAAAAUGAACGUUUAUUGAUGUCGAGGAUGCUCGCCAAUCACACCAUUGACUUUCUGUGGAAUACUGGGUCCGACUGGCCCGGAUGGCCUACCCAAGAUAAUAAAAAUACUGUGUUCAAUCGAUAUUGUCGAGCUGGCUUCACAUCUAAGGUGGGCUUGUGUUCAAGCGUCAGGCAAAUGCAUUGGCAUUACGAAGCUGGAGUGGCUAACACUUUGUUUCCACGUUGCUACAACAUAUAUCAAAGCGACCAGAUGCACGCUUUCGUCGAGGACUUUCAACUCACAGGCUGUCUGAGUCUCUUAAAAUGGUUGGUGGACAAAGUCAAUGCUAAGGACGAAGACGUUGUGCGUUCACCAACCGGCACCGUGCCUCUCAAAGCUCUUGACUUCGCGAUCAAAAGAUGUAGUGACUAUAUCAGCGCCCAAUCACAUGAGGACAUUGAUCAGGAAGGUGAAAAGAUUUGGCCUCAUCAGUGGGAUCAAUUUAUCAGUUGGUAUUAUCAGAUAGUUCACGGUCAAGCUCUCUUCAUUCGCACCAACGUGCCCUUCAACAAAUAUAUCCUGGCUUCGAAGCACGUAUUAAAGAAGAUGAGAAAGUACUGGCCACAGAUUGACAUGGACGGCGUAAUGAACAUGUGGAUUCUAAAACCUGGGAACAAGAGUCGGGGACGCGGUAUUGUUCUGAUGAACAAGCUGGAGGACGUAGUAACGAAAGUAAAUCCAACAGGCAAACCAGACACGCAAUAUGUCGUGCAGAAAUAUAUCGAACGACCGUUACUGAUUCAUCACACAAAAUUCGACAUAAGGCAAUGGUUCAUCGUGACGUGCGCUCAACCUUUAAUUCUCUGGAUGUAUAAAGAAAGCUAUCUUCGUUUUUGCUCGCAAAAGUUCAGUCUGGAUGACUUUCACGAGUCGAUUCAUCUGUGCAAUCACGCAAUUCAAUGCAAAUACAAUAACUGCGGCGACAGGGACUCUGCUCUACCUGCGGACAAUAUGUGGGACGCAACAACAUUCAAAAAGUUCCUCAAAUCUCAAGGUCAUGCUGAUGCGUGGGAUGAACAGAUCUAUCCAGGAAUGAAGCAAGGUUUGGUGGGCUCGUUAUUGGCUAGUCAAGAGGCCAUGGAUCGACGAAAAAACAGUUUUGAAUUGUACGGCGCUGAUUUUAUGGUCAUGGAGGACUUUUCCGUAUGGCUGAUCGAGAUUAACAGUCAUCCAGACAUGAGCUACUCCACCAGUGUUACUACGCGAUUGUGUCGACAAGUGAUGGAAGAUACCAUUAAAGUCGUGGUAGAUUUUCGAGAAGAUAAAAAUGCCCGAGUACUUGCCAACCGUACUUGGGCGCAGCUCUGUCGCUUCACGGUACUCGUAUCACCUGCGAGAAGAAAUCGAGUCUGUAUCAAGAUUUUAAAUCUAACUUAGUCGCAAGAUCUCCGAUGGUGAGUGAGGCAAAAAUAAGAGAUGAUAUAGCAUUGCUAGAUCGAGAUCGAAUUUGAUUUAUCCAUCGACAGACGAAAAAG